ACGUCGUUGGAACCUUCAGCUGUCAGACUUUGGCCACCCUAAAAGUGGAGGUUUUGUUAGCAAACUAACUCGAACUGUUCAACCCGCGCAGACUUUAUUUAAAGUUGUGCAUCCAUCUGCGGAUUGAUCUUUGAACGCGCCAGCUGGUGAUUGUAGCACUGAGAUUGCACGAAGACGAACUGUUUAGUUUUAAUCGCUGCUAGUUUUUGCACAAGCCAGCGAUCCUGAGCGGGUGUAAGGCUAGAUGCAGGGAGGGAGGGAGUAAAAAAAGGCAAAAGUCUUUGUGCUUCCCUUCCCCCUCAUCAAAGCAAAGGGGAAAUGUCUCUGUCUAAAGGAGGGAAGAAGAAGAACCCUGGGCUGAAGCUGGCCAAAGAAGUGUUUGCACAGCCCCCCCCAGCAGCAGCAGCGCCCCCUCGAGAUCUUGACUCGAAAGCUUGCGUCACAAUUGGAGACCAGAACUUUGUGGUGAAGGCAGAUGACUUGGAGCAGAUUGGAGAGCUGGGCAGGGGGGCGUACGGCGUGGUCGACAAGAUGAAACAUGUGCCCAGCGGUGUUAUCAUGGCUGUCAAGAGGAUUCGUGCCACCGUCAACACGCUGGAGCAGAAGAGGCUUCUGAUGGACUUGGACAUUUCUAUGAGGACAGUGGACUGCUUCCACACCGUCACAUUCUACGGUGCCCUCUUCAGAGAGGGGGAUGUCUGGAUCUGCAUGGAGCUGAUGGACACGUCUCUGGAUAAGUUCUAUAAGAAGGUUAUCGAGAAAGGCAAAGACUUCCCAGAGGACAUCCUGGGCAAGAUCACAGUAGCAAUUGUCAAGGCAUUAGAGCAUCUGCACAGUAACCUGUCUGUGAUACACAGAGAUGUGAAGCCCUCCAAUGUUCUGAUCAACACUCAGGGCCAAGUGAAAAUGUGUGACUUCGGCAUCAGUGGCCACCUGGUCGACUCAGUGGCCAAAACAAUGGACGCAGGCUGCAAGCCCUACAUGGCGCCUGAGCGGAUCAACCCCGACCUCAACCAGAAAGGCUACAGUGUCAAGUCAGACAUAUGGAGUCUUGGCAUCACCAUGAUUGAACUGGCCAUAUUGAAAUUCCCCUACGACUCAUGGGGAACCCCGUUCCAGCAGCUCAAACAGGUGGUGGACGAGCCGUCCCCACAGCUGCCUGCCGACCGUUUCUCCCCAGAGAUGGUGGACUUCAUCUCCCAGUGCUUAAGAAAGAAGCCAAAUGAGAGACCAGCUUAUACAGAAUUAAUGCAACAUCCAUUUCUCACCCUGCAUGACUCCAAAGACACAGACGUGGCCAGUUUUGUCAAGGUCAUCCUCAAAGACUGAGGGCCCGGCCCAUCAGGCUAGGCAGGACCUCUUAGCAACCAAACCAAUGGCCUACCUUUUCUCUUUUUCUUUUUUAAAAACUCACUGGAAUGACUCUCACACACACAACAGGCGGGCGACCCAAAGACUGACAGCAGCCCAGCAGCACUGGAGAGAAAGAGAGAGAGAGAGAGAGAGAGAGAGAGAGAGAGAAGAGAGAGAGAGAGAGAGAGAGAGAGAGUGUGGUGGUAAUAUGAACUCAUACAGUUAAAUCCAACUGGAGAGGUUUAAUUCGCUCCUCCAAGCUUCCUGUGUGUGCAAUUAUUCAACUUGGCAAAUAGGAACUGAACCAGAUUUUAUUUUUUUUGCCCCACUGCCCAUUUUUUAUCUCUCUUCAGAACGGACAGAGCCAGCCAUCAUUUCUUUGUGACACUUAUUGUAUGAAUACUUUGAAUUUCAUCUGCAAAAAACCAACAGUUAAUGUGUAUGUUGUUGUGUAUUGAAAGCUAUAUUUGCAUAUGCGUUUGUAUGUUUCUCAUUAUACAGACUUUUGAUACUGUAUAUCACCGACAAGUGUGAAUUUUACCGGACUAGGGCCUUAUUGUCAUAUCGCAUCAGCUGAACCGUACGACCGGGGUCUGUCCUGAUUGGUCAGUGCAGGGGCUGCUUUCAUGGCAGCGCCAUGCUCUUGAGCUGAGACAAACAUGUAAGAAAUGUCAACGGUCACAUUUUGGACGGGAGGCAUUUCAUAUCAUUUAUAGAUCUAUUACAAAGUGAGGCGGGAAUGUAAAGCGUCCCGUAACACCUGAUCCGAUUGUGAUCCGGGCUGAGGCCCUUCAUGCAGUGACCCCCCCCCCCCCUCCGUACUCGUCUUUUUUUUGGGUAUUAACGAGUCGCCUUCACUGCUGCGAUCGUUUCUACCUGAAAGUAUUCAGGGGUUGCCUAACCAAGCUCACAGCUUUAUCUCUUUCUCUGUGCCAUUUUGUAAAUCGUUCUCAUGAAUUACUGCAUUAACUGUGUUUUUCCUCUUUGUUCUGGUCUUGCGUUUAGAUUUGAUUUCAGCAGCAUUUAAACGCAUGCCUUUGCCUACUGUUCUUAAUUCUGGAGUCGGCAUAGUCUUUUCAUAUGAGGCACUUACAUUUUCUUUUUUCAGAGAUAUUAUUAUGCAUUACACAGACAGUAUGUUAGGGGAAUAAUUUAUGUGUUGAAGAUGUAAAUACUAUUUCCUUUUUUAAUGUAACAUGGCACUGUCCUUACCUGGCAGUGCAGAUGAGGAGUGGUUGGUAGUAGUCAGUUUUAAUGCAGUGUGACACACACACACACACACACAUUUAUUUGUACUCGGCCGGCUGACUAUUAUACACCGAUUUUGGACUGAUGUGCUGUCAGGCUAUACCGCUCAGGUUUCCUCCUUCAUGCGGAGAUGACUCCCAUUUUCUUUUUCCCCAGGUCGUACUCCAGAGCCUCUUUUCAGUCCAAGGCGGGCAGCCAUUUUCUGUUUUGUCUGACCAUACUAUGCAGAGCUUCUUCACCUCGGAUUCACUGCAAGAGGCCCUUGUCAUGUGACAGUUUCCCCACUUCAAGUGUUCAGAGACUGUGAUGGCGGUGAAAGUGAUGAUGAUGACGGUCUAGCACUCAUUGCCUCUGGUUUACACUGUAGUGCAACCUUUAUCAAAAGUCAGUGAGCGAGGAGUAUUUAUGAUUGUGAAUAAUAAGGGAAAGCUAGCAACACCACAAAGAAGCUGCUAUUUUAUUUCUUUUUUCCCCAUUUUGUUUUUCUUUUUAGUCUGCCUUCUUUGGAUGGCCAUUCCCUUGGUGUGUAAAAGUUGUGUUUUUACGCUGGUCACAAUGAGAAUGGAACACUUGCUCUACCUCUUCCUCCUUCACUCUAUUUGCCACCUUGUCAUUGGGUGGGACUGACAAACUUGAACUAUAUGGAAAGACAAAAAAUAAAGGCUUUAUUGUUCAGUA